AAUGAACAGACCAGACACUAAGAUUAACUGUAAAUACGGAACAACACUAGAACACAUAAUGGAUCCAAAAAGCUUGCUUUUUAAGGUUACUGGAGCUAUACAAUUGAUUCAAAUGGAAAAUGCCAAGAAAUCCCUUGAUCUGUUCUCAACCUCCCUGUCAAAGUGCAUAUCAGUCUGUGGUUCUAUGACGCAGCAGCUCUUACCACGUUGGCCUCAGCACUCCAGACCCUUCCGAGUCAUCAACUCUGAUCGCUCCAUUAAGAAAGGCAUAAUGGCAGAUGACCUGAAAGACCUACAAAAAAAGGUGAUGGACGUAUUUCACAUGCACUGCAUCAGUGCUUUAGUGUUGGAUGAGGAUGGAACUGGAGUGGAUACAGAGGACUUUUUUCAGACCUUAAAAGACAACACUGUCCUCAUGGUCUUAAUAGUAGGACAGAAGUGGGCUCCACAGGAGAGAUACCUUCCAGGGCAGAAGAAAAUAAAAAGGACACAUACUACCAAGAGUGGUCCUGGAUGUGGCUGGAAAAAGCCAAGAAAAGACGUUGCCAAACUGACCAUUGACCUCUACAAAAACCACCCACAGGAUUUUAUUGGCUGCCUAAAUGUGCAGGCAGCCUUGUAUGGAAUAUACUCUGUUUCAUAUGAUUUGCAGUGCUAUAAGGCAAAAAGAAUGCUAAGGGAAGCCUUAAAAUGGACUCUCUUCAUUAUGCAGAAUACUGGACAUGUUUUAGUAGGAACUUCAUGUUAUAUUCAGCAUCUUAUUGAUGAGGACGAGAAAACAGAAGCACAACUGAUAUCGACUGCAUGUAUCAUCAAGCAGUUAGAACAUUAAAUUAUUGACAGCUUGGUCAAAUUUACAAGUGUGCACUGAUUGUUGAUGAAACGCUUGAUAAAAAAACAUAUUUGUGAGUUAUUUACCUCAGUGUAAACAGUAGGGCUGCCCUCGACUAAGGAUUUAUUUGGUCGACUAGUCAUUAAUUUUAAGAAUUAGUCGACUAAUCACACUUUUAUUAGUAAACCUUUUAAAUCAUGAUAAUGAGCCUUUAAUUGCCUACUUAGCCUAAUAAGCGCUCAAGCAUACACAUAAAGCUUUCUACAGCACAACCGGCAGAAGUAAUGAAUAUGAAUGUGUCGGGAAAAACCAGUAAGAUUAAACUGCAUAAACAUUUUAAUCAUCUAUUGAUAAGAGAUUGAGUCAGCGACACUGACUCGUCAUGGCCACAGUAGUGGAUGCGCCUGCAUGUAAAUUUCAUACAGAUUACAUAAUCUGAGAAUAUAUGUUCUUUUCAGAUUUUAAUUUAUUCAUUUGAAAGUGUACAUUUCAAUCUCUAUAGAUAUAUUUUCACGUCUGUAAGGCAAGUAUAUAUGGAGUGUCACGCUCAAGUUCACAGAGGCUGAGAUGGCAGAAAGCGCACGCUAAAUAAGAUUUAUUACUCUUAUCUAUAUGACCAAAAUGAGUAUUUUAAGAGCAAGUGACUGCAAGUAAGUGUGCUACUGUGUAUAGUCACUUGAAUAGCGCACAUUUUCUAGGUUAACAUUAGAUUGGGUGGCCAUUUAAAAUUGCUACUACUUAUACUACUUAUUUCAGAUGAUAAGCCAUAUUUGAGGACAGUGAAUGAUAGGCUAGUAUUUGGAUGAACAGUAUUACCACAAAAUCCAGCUGUUAAUGAUCUGUCCUUCACGGACUCCAUGAUCACACCACUUCCUCUGGAAUAGUUUUUUAUUUAUUUCCUGCAACUAAGUGAAAAAUUUGGUCGACCAAGCCUCUUCUCGUCAACUAGUGGUUAGUUGACUAUUAGGGGGCAGCCCUAGUAAACAGUAAAAUGUACAGUUAAAUUGUGCAUAUAAUGUUAUAUCUUACUCCUAAUAUUGCAUUUCUACAUCUAAAUUAAGCAUUUUGUGUGUUAAAAUUAGAAUUGUCAAAGUUAACAAGGUGAACACAUGAAAUGUUUUGCGAUUUCAUUUAAUUUGAAAUUAUAUUAUAAUAAAAAAACUCUUACGUAUACUGUAUUUUGAUUUACUGCAUUUAAAAAGUAAUGAAUCUAACAAUGUACUGUGUUUUGUUUU